AGGAAGUAGAAGAGAUAGAGGCAACUGAGCCUCCCACCAAUCAAACAGAAACACAAAGCAACUUUACGGAGUCUCCUCUUGGCGAGUGUCAGACUGCUGAAAGAGAAAUCAGUUGCAGGGGCAUCGGCAUGACUCACCUGCCAAUCCUGCACAACCUGGAGGCCACAAAGUUGGACGUGGCAGAGAACAACAUCACAAGCCUCGCGCCACAAGCUUUCUCUGACCUGCCGAACCUUGACACACUGGACCUGAGCAAAAACAAACUGGAUGACGAGUCGUUCAGCCAAGACCCCCUGUCUAACUUGACCAAUCUGAAGAAACUGAACCUAGACGGCAACCAGCUUACAAGGAUCCCAGCACUGCCACUAUCGCUCGAGGAGCUCAAGAUUAACAGCAACAACCUUAGUAAACUCACGCCUUGCUGUUUCAAAGGUCUGAUGAACCUGUUGACUCUGGAGCUGAAGGAGAAUUCUCUUCAUGAGGGCAGUGUAUCACCGUUAGCCUUCAGACCUCUAAAGAGGCUUCUGAAUCUCCAGCUGGACAACAACCGCCUCCGUUCCCUCCCUCUGGGCCUUCCUCCCUCUCUUCAGGAGCUGAAAAUAAAUGGAAAUCUGAUUGAGGAUGUGCCAGAAAAACCACUGAGGCGCUGUGUCCAUUUAAAAGUGCUGGACCUGAGUCACAACCUGCUGCAUGAUCAAGGCAUCAUUAACCUCACCUGGAUUCGUCUAAAGUCCCUGGAAGCCUUGGACCUGUCCUACAACCAGUUCACCUCUGUCCCAAUGAAUCUCCCUCGUCCUCUCCGUAAACUGAUUCUCCAACACAACAACAUCAGUCACAUCCCCGCUUUCACAUUCCGUCACCUGCGGCCUGGCCUUCAGUCCCUCAGUCUUUCCCACAAUGCCUUGAGAAAUGAGGGUUUAAAGCGAGUCUCACUUGUUGGAACGUACCGCUCACUGAGUGAGCUCCUAUUGGACAACAAUUAUCUAGCGGAUGUCCCUCGCUGCGUUCGACAGUUUAAGAACCUGCAGGCGCUGAGACUGGACAACAACCGGAUCAGGCUGGUGAAGCAGUGGGGAGUGUGCCACCCUCGUAAUUCUGGCUCCACCUUGGCUUCGGUCCACUUGGAAAAUAAUCUGCUGGAAGUGGAGGAUAUUCCCCCAAAUGCCUUCUGCUGCCUCAUUGAUGCCGAGGGACUGGUCCUAUUUCCACAGCAGGGGCACACAUAUGACUAAUAGGCCGCACAGAUAUUCAAACCAAAAAUACACAUGCUACAAUAGUCUUUCUGGGGGUUUUCUUUAUCCUUCUUUUGCCUUCACUGCUCUAUAAUCAGGCAGGGUUUUCAGAAAAAUAGUUUUAUCAUGUAGUUUGCUUAGUCAGCCAGAGCUUUCAUUUUAAUAUCACCAAACCCAUCUAUUUCUGUCACAUCUCAUCUUUGAUUAGGAAAAUUACUGUAAUGUUUUGGUAUGUAUUAAAGCGAAUGUGUAAUUCACACAGUAAUGGAACUGAUUAUUA